GUGGAGCAGUGUACAGUGGAAACCCAGGCUGUGCUGUGAGCUCGUCUCUUCACUUUCCCAUAGAGAAACACUGACUGGCCACUGAAACACACACACACUCAGGCACACAGAGAGGUCACUAUCACAUGACAAAGGCUCGGAGACAGCUUCAUCUUCCUCUCUCUGUUAUUUCCAUUUGCCUUCCUGGGGUUUUGCAGUGCUGCCCAUCACCAUAGUAUCUGAGUGCCUUCCACACAGAAUGAAGACCAAUAGUGGAGACCCUAGCACAGUAUUUUGGGGAGGUUUCAGUCUCUUGUGAUGUCAUAAUCCUACUAGUUCUCCAGGCUGCCCAGACUCUUCACACAGAAGCAGGUCACAGUAAUGAAAGGCAGUAAUCGGAAUAAGGAUCAUUCACCAGAAGGAGAGGGAACUGGGAAACGACCAAAGAGAAAGUGUCUUCAGUGGCAUCCACUACUUGCAAAGAAAAUCCUUGAUUUCUCUGAAGAGGAGGAGGAAGAAGACGAGGAAGAAGAUAUCGAUAAGGUACAACUUCUUGGAGCUGAUGGUCUAGACCACGAUGCUGAUGAAACAGAAGAUGAUGAAUCUUCAGAGCAGCGAGCCCGCAGGCCAAUGAACGCAUUUCUCUUAUUUUGCAAACGUCAUCGUUCCCUUGUGCGGCAGGAACACCCCCGUCUGGACAAUCGUGGUGCUACCAAGAUAUUGGCAGAUUGGUGGGCUGUUCUGGACCCAAAAGAAAAGCAGAAAUACACUGACAUGGCCAAGGAGUACAAGGAUGCAUUUAUGAAGGCAAAUCCUGGCUACAAGUGGUGCCCUACGACAAACAAACCUGUGAAAACCCAGUCAUCCACUGUUACAAACAGGAAAAAACUGUGGGCUUUCCCACCAGAAUCUGCAAAAGAUUUAUCAAGCCCCAAGAAAGUGGCAAAGACUGAAGAAAUGCCUCAGCUGAACUUUGGAAUGGCAGAUCCUACACAGAUGGGAGGCCUGAGUAUGCUGCUUUUAGCAGGGGAACAUGCCUUGACUGCACCAGCGGUUUCCCCAAGUACUUGCCAGUCUGAUGCAUCUAACUCUACUGAAGCGUGUCAGAAGUCACCAUUGUUCCAGUUUGCAGAGCUACAUAAUUUUUCACAAAACCAUUCUUUACAACCGGAUGCCCCUGUGGCUGCAAAACAAACUGAGGAGUCGGCACUGUUUCAGUUUGCGGAGAUCUCAUCAAAUACUUCACAGCUGGGGAAUCCUGAGCCCGUAAAGCACUGUGGGAAGUCAGCACUCUUCCAGUUUGCAGAGAUUUCCUCAAGUACAUCCCAUUCAGACCCUCCUGAUUUAACAAAGCAGUGUGGGACGUCAGCAUUGUUUCAGUUGGCAGAGAUGUGCCUUGCAUCAGAGGCGGUAAAAGUGAAGGAACCAGGGAAAAUGAAAGUGGAAACAUCAGUGGAUGUGAAAGUAGGCGAUUCAGAGGAAGUGAAAGUGGAAGAAUUGGAGAAGGAGAAAGUGAAAGACUCACAAGAAGUAAAAGUGGAAGAAUCUGAGACAGUGAAAAAUCAAUAUGAUGAAAAGACAAACACUGAAGAGCUGGAGAAAGUUACAAAAUGCAGCCACUUGACUGAUCUGGCAGCAGACAGCAGUUCUUUAGAGAUAAAUAAUAGUCCCAAUACAAAAGAGCACACAUGCCAUUCUCCAGAGCUUUCACUUGCUGACUUGAAUACCCUGGGGCCGAGCAAACCAGACAAGAUAAAAAAGAAAAAGAAAAAAAAUAAGCUGGACCGGCACACGAAUGAAAAAUCCACCCCCAAGAAAGCUUGUAAAAAGAGGCAGUCCUCUGAGUCCGACAUUGAAAGCGUCAUUUAUACUAUCGAAGCAGUUGCAAAGGGCGACUGGGGGGCCGAGAGACUUGUCGAAAUCCCCCGGAAGAAGGCCCGCCCUGCCUCAAACAUGAAGGGAAGUAUGCUGGACACAAAGUCACCAAAGAAAAAAGUGAAAUCAAAAGAGAAGAGAAUAUCAAAGGAGAAAUCCUCAGAGACCACCAAAGAAUCAAAGCCUCCCGACUUUCUUAGUAUUACCGCCAAUACGGAGGUACCGCCUUGUGAGGUAUCGGACAACAUAAAAGCAGAACCAUUGACCCCGACAGAGGAUGUCAUACCCCAGAGUUUACCUGGCCAGGUCAAAACAGCAGACAGUGACUGUAAUAAAAAGACUGAAACCUGUGGCUCCAGGAAAUCUGAGCGAUCUUGCAAAGGCGCUCUUUAUAAGACUCUGGUGUCUGAGGGCAUGCUCACGUCCCUGCGUGCCAACGUGGACAGAGGCAAACGAAGCUCAGGAAAAGGCAACUCCUCAGACCAUGAAGGAUGUUGGAAUGAAGAAAACUGGGCCUUUUCCCAAAGUGGGAUGAGUGGGAGCAAAAAGCUGAAAAAACCUAAGCCAAAGGAAGAAUAUGUUCUGGGUUUAGCAAAGUUGGAAGAAGAAUUUGAAAAAAAAUUCAACAGCCUCCCUCAGUACAGUCCCAUUACGUUUGACCGGAAAAGCGUAUCUGUUCCAAGGAAAAAGAAGAAGGUUGGAAGCUGUCCAGCUGAGCAACCAAAAUCCAGCAAAGCCAUACUCACAGAAGACAAAAACACCAUUGAGCCUGCACGGAAGAAUAAAACUUGUGUAUCUGUCCCAAAUACUCCAGAGCCAGCACUGCUGCACGAACCCUUGGUCGGUAGCCAAAAGAGGAAAGCGAGGAAAACUAAGAUCACGCAUCUUGUUCGGACAGCAGAUGGCCGAGUGUCACCAGCAGGAGGGGCUCAGGAAGAAAAAAAGGAGCUACCACAGAGUAGUUUUCAGAAAACAUCAAGUGCAGAGACGGACUGCAACGACGAGCGCUCUAGAAACACAGAAGCCGAGGAAACACAUAGUAUUACACCAGGCAUGCCAGCUGUGUCUGCAUUCUUUAGCCUCGCUGCUCUAGCAGAAGUAGCGGCAAUGGAAAAUGUACACAGAAGUCAGAGGGCAGCGCCUCUCCCACGUGAUGGACAGCCAAAAGAAAUGUCUCAGGCUCCAGUGCUGAUAUCCUGCGCUGACCAGUGAAGCUCCAUCUUCUUGUAAAACAUUGUGCUUUACCUAA